AUUUAAAUGCGCGGAUCGACCAAUUUCUCCCUGAGAGACAAAUUCUCCGCGUUACGAUGUCGUCGGAGAAGAUUCUUUAUCGACUAGACCAACCCCAUGGCAAUGGCAACGUCUGUAUUUCUUGGCGGCCUGGUAAUAGCACACAUUUGGCCACAACAGGUUGCGAUUCCACCGUUGCGGUUUUCGAUAGACAGGGAGACAUUCAGGAACGGAUACAAAUUUCUGGAUUAUGCACUGGCUUUGGCUGGGACUCAGAUGGGGAUCUAUUAGCAAUAAUAUCACAAAAUUCUUCAACUAUAAUUCUAUGGGAUGCCACAACUGGGAAAAAGGCCCAGAUAGAUGCGGGUGUAAGAGAUGGGCUUACUUGUAUGAUGUGGGCAAAGAAGAGUUGUCUACUAGCUAUAGGGACACAAAAGGGAAAUUUUGUGCUUUACGAUCACAUAAAUGCCAAGCGGAUACCUAUUUUAGGAAAACAUAGAAAGCGCAUUGUAUGUGGCGCGUGGUCGAUGGAUGGUCUUCUUGCCUUGGCAAGUGAAGACAAGGUUUUAAGUAUCAGUACGAGCGAAGGAGAUACACGUCGAGAAAUAAAUCUUCAAGGCGAUCCCUCUCUUAUACAAUUUAGCGAGAUGAAAAUGGAUCAUAGAAUAGGCGGUGAAAACACGGUAUCCCUUAUCGUUAGUAAAACGACAUUGUUUUUGUAUAACAUUCUGGACCCAGAAAACCCUAUUGAAUUGGCCUUUCAGAAACGUUAUGGAUUAAUCGUAACUUACAAGUGGUAUGGCGAUGGUUACAUAUUGGUGGGAUUCGAAGCUGGUUUCUUUAUAGCGAUAUCGACACAUAUAAAGGAAGUUGGUCAAGAAUUGUUUCAAACCAAGAAUCACAGAGAUUAUAUGUCGGACAUUGCGCUGAGCCAAGCGGUUGGAAAAGUAGCUACUUGCGGCGACAAUACGCUAAAAGUACAUAGUUUGCAGAAUCUGGAAGAAACCGAAACGUUGAUCACGGUGACCAACGAGAAUGGAAUCAAAAAUAUCGAAUGGUCGACGGACGGAACGAUGCUGGCAGUUGUAACUUACGUCGGCAAUGUUUUAAUUUAUUUGAUAGAGAUUCCAAAAUUAACCAGUGUCUGUGGCAACAGAAUAGCAUUGUUAACAAGUCUGAUGGAAGUAGCUGUACAUCUUUAUACUUUAGACAAGGAUAAACCAAGCCCGCAAAUAAUCAAUACUAUAAUAGAACCGGCAAUAUUAGCAGUGGGACCAAUACAUUUAGCAGUAGGAUUAAAUAACAGAGCGCUUUUUUGGGAUUUGUCUAUAAGCCAUUACGAUCAAAUACAUUUUGAAAGAGAUUAUUUGGCUACGAUAGAUAGCAUGCGUUUAAAUGAGACAUAUGUAUCGGCUUUAUUCGAUGGAAAAUUGCAAUUACAUUCGAUUAAAUCCGAUCAGGCUCUAAUAAAUAGCGGGAAGGAUACAAAGAUGUUUCCAGAUUCAAAUUCUUCCUAUAAUAGAAUAACGUGUCACGCACUUUGUUCUGAUUUUCUGGUUUACGGUAAUGACAUGGGUCAUCUUAUAUAUUUUUGCUUGGAAACAUUUCAUCAAUGUACCGAAUUUAUACAUAACAAUGGAAUAAAAGAACUAUAUCUGGACGCGAAUGGAAUACAAUUGUGUUUCAUUGACAAUAAGUUAGAUGCUUAUGUGUUUGAUCCGAUAAACGAAGCGGCCAUUGCUGUGCCUGAUUGUCCUGAUAACAUUGAUGGUAUUCUCUGGGAUCAGAACAUAUUUGAACGUGCUAUAUUCGCAGUGUAUAACAAAAGCAUUAUUGUAACAUAUAUUUUCGUAAAAUACUUUGUUGAAGGUACCAAAGUAAUAAAAAUCAAUACAACUAAGUUGCCAUCAGACUCAGUGCCUUUAUUAAUGUACUCAGGCGAAGUAACACUGAGCACAAUGGGUAGUAAAUUAAUACAAUUAACAUUAGCAUCCCACGAAGAAGUGGGGAAUAUUGUGGAAUCGAAAAAAAUUAUUGAGAUUUUAGAGAAUCAAAUUUUGUGCAGACGAUUUCAGCAAGCAUGGAAUAGUUGCGAAAAAUUAAACGAUAAAGAUACGUGGAUGAAACUAGGACAAAGCGCCAUUGCAAAUUUAAAUAUCGAAUUUGCUAUUCGCGUGUAUCGGCAAAUGGAAGAUGCAGCAAUGGUGUGGACGUUACAAGCUAUGGAAAAUAUAGAUGAAUUGGCUUUGUUGUGCGGUCACGCAUGUAUAUUACUAGGAGAUUAUAACGAAGCCGAAAAGUAUUUUCUGCAAUCUUCCGAACCUGUACAGGCCUUAUAUCUGAGGAGAGAUUUAAUGCAAUGGGAACAAGCAUUGAGUUUGGCACAAAAAUUAAAACCUGACGAGAUUCCUUUUAUCGCCAGAGAGUACGCCCAACAAUUGGAAUUCACAGGAAACUAUCCAAAAGCUUUAACGAAUUACGAACGUGGUCUAGUCGACUACAAUACGUCCACUUUGGCUGUGCAAAAUCCUAAUCAUCGAACCCAAUGUUUAGCGGGAAUAGCGAGAAUGUCUAUAAGAUGCGGUGACAGUAGAAAAGGCGUUGGUAUAGCCAUGGAUAACGAAAGUUCGAGGAUACUACGGAAAGAAUGUGCGGAGAUUUUAGAAUCAAUGAAGCAAUUCAGUGAAGCUGCACAGUUAUACGAAAAGUCCGAAUAUUUCGAUAAAGCUGCCUCUGCAUAUAUAAAAUUAAAAAAUUGGCACAAAGUGGGACAGCUCUUACCGCAAAUAUCGUCGGCAAAAAUUAAUAUACAAUAUGCUAAAGCCAAAGAAUCUGAGGGUAAAUACGAAGAAGCUGCCAAAGCAUAUGAAACCGCCAAGGAUUACGAUAACAUAAUCAGAAUUAAUUUGGAACAUUUAAAUAAUCCUGCUCGUAGUGUUGAAGUUGUUCAACAAACUAAAAGCAUAGAAGGUGCAAAAAUGGUUGCAAAGUAUUUCCAAAAGAUGAAUGACUAUAAUUCGGCUAUUAAAUUUCUAAUUCUAUCAAACUGUCACGAUGAAGCCUUUCAAUUGGCAAAUCAGCACGGCAAAAUGGAAUUAUACGGAGAAAUCUUGGUAAAUACGAUCGAUGACACUAAUGUCCGGAAAGAAGAUUUUAGAAGCCUUGCAAUGCAUUUUGAGUCUCAGAAAAAUAACCUUUUAGCUGGAAAAUACUAUUUCCACGCUAAAGAAUAUCAGAAGGCUUUGCGACAUUUAUUAAAAGCUGCUCAACUAGUUCCAGACGACAAUAGAGCGAUUACUUACGCCAUAGAUACGAUAGCAUCUUCUAAAGAUGAUAAAUUAGCUAAUCAAUUGAUAGAUUUCUUGUUGGGUGGCGAUGGAUUACCAAAGGAUCCGAAAUAUUUAUUCCGAUUGUACAUGGCUAGGAAACAAUAUAAAGAAGCGGCUAAAACGGCGAUCAUAAUUGCAAACGAGGAACAAGUUAAUGGAAACUAUAGAAAUGCUCACGACGUUCUAUUCGGCAUGUAUCAAGAAUUGAAGAGAAAUAAAAUUACCAUACCCUUGGAAAUGCAAACCAAUUUAAGACUCUUGCAUUCCUACAUUCUAGUGAGAUUGCACGUGAAAAGGAGUGAUCAUUUACGAGGCGCCCGAAUGCUUAUAAGGGUCGCCAACAAUAUAUCGAAAUUUCCUUCACAUAUUGUACCGAUAUUAACUUCAACCGUGAUAGAAUGUCAUCGGGCGGGCUUAAAAAAUGCGGCUUUCAAUUUUGCCGCGAUGCUGAUGCGUCCUGAGUAUCGGGGACAGGUCGACGCGAAAUACAGUAAGAAGAUUGAGGCAAUUGUCAGAAAACCACCGAGAACAAAGGAUAUCGAGAACGAGGAUGAACCUCUUACCUCAUGCCCAUACUGCAAGAGCAGACUUCCCGAGACUGAAGUAACCUGUGAUAAGUGUAAAAACACAAUACCUUUUUGCAUCGCAACGGGACGACACAUCGUGGAGGAUGAUUUUACAGUAUGCCCCCAAUGCGAUUUUCCAGCCAUUAGAAGUGAAUUUCUAAGAAUUGUUGAAUCCGAGGAGACUUGUCCGAUGUGUUCGGAGAGAGUUAAUUCCGAAGCUGUAUCGUCCGUCACUGAUAUCCGUCCAUACCUCGACUAUCAGGAGGAGAAAGUGAUUAUAAAGGCUUAAACAUGUAAAAGAUUAUGAAAGUUUAAAUAUGUAUAAACUUUUUACAUAUUUAAGAGUACAUAAAGGUAUAAGCGGCAACUAUAACUUACGUAAACUAGGGGUGCAAUAGAGAGACAGAGUUUAUAUAGACAUUUGCAUAUGUGCUGCACGAAUCAGAGGUGCCUUGUUAUUAUCGCAUUACCUCGGGUAAAUGCGACAUAAUUAGGAGAUAGCGGUACCUUUAUCUACAAACAAUAGCGGUAGUAAAUAGACUAUUCCUAUUGACUUGGAAGAGCGAUUGACAAAGCGUCAGUAUUCUCGACACAACAGUGCCGUCCAC